UGUACGUCCAUGCAAAGAAGACUUAACAGGAUGUUGAACUCUUCCCAUGAUCACAAGCUUUUGGCUUUGAUGGACAUGAAGGGUUUUGACCCCAAGGAAGUCACUGUAACGGUGAAAGACAGGAAGGUGAAGGUGUUAGCGGAGCACGAGGAGGAGCAUGCCACUGCAAGAGGGAAGGAGUACAACUACAGAAACAUCACGAGGGAAAUCAGCCUGCCGCCGGGGGUGAGUGAGGACGAGGUGACCUACUCGCUGGGACCGAAUAGCGUCGUGAAGAUCGAAACGGCACACAAGUGCUACCCUUGUCUCCUGGGCAACUGAGCCGCAGCAGGGAGCAGCACCCGGGCACAGUCAUUCCUCUGCCGCAUCCCUCCUCA